AUGUCUGUCCCCAUCCGCGACUUGACCCGCUUUGAACGUAAGACCUUACUCCAAGGUCCUCAGGCUUGCGUCAUACUCAACAUGGCCGAUGGCACUCCACCGCUCGUUAUACCCGUCCCUCGCGCAGCUCUCGAAGCCUUUUCGACGGUUGCCUCCAAGCAACUUGCUGACGGAAACACUGCCAGCGUCAUCCUUCAACCAGGCGCCGCAGCCCCAGGUGCUCUUCGCAUCCUUCUCGAAUGGAUACAGCGUACUUGUGAUGCUCGCGACUACAUGCCGCUUCCAAAAAAGGCCGCGCUCAGCCACAAUGUCAUGAUGUACCAUGCGGCGCUGGCUCUCGGCAUGACCGAAGUUAAGAUCACCAUUGGAGGCUAUCUGAACGUCCUUGUCGAAGACUUUUGCAAUCAACCACUGCGUUGGAACGACGUCUACCAAAUGCUCACCAUUCUCCCGCAGACUUCGAUGAUCAUUCAGCGUCUGGUUGAGAAUCUUGCUCACGCUCGCCGUAUGGGCUUGCUUCCGUUGGAGUACAAGCAGAAUCUCGAGACUUUCGCAAAGACUUGUCCGGAACUUCACAAGCAGCUCGACAAGCAUGAUCAGCGCAUGUCAAACAAUCAAACCUUGCUUCGCCCUAUCGGUAAUGGCCCGAACUCAAACACUCGCAACUGGGUUUCUCGUAAGAACAAUACGGAGCGCAGGGGUGGACACACUAGGCGUCGUGAGUUUGCCGAUGCCAGCGAGCAUCUCUUGUCUGAUGCAGAUGUCGAUCGCAUCAUGGGACGUGGUUGAUUUGGCGAGUAUGUUGGUUGGUAUCAGACAUUGGGAUUACUUGCUGACACUUUAGAGUGAUUGGUCUCACCUGAAUGGAUUAGGUUUGAUCUGCACAGAAGCGGUUACUUUGAUGAUACUCGGCAAUGAAGGAUAUGGUUCAUAAUCCUCUGAAGUAGUAUCAAUCAACUUCUUAC